AUGCUUUACGCCGUGCUUCCCCCCGCCUCCGACCCGCUUCCUCCGCUGCCCUCUGCCCAUGUGCGCGACUCUUCCCCCGCAAGCAGCGCGCGCAACGCGCACGGCGCAGCUGCGGUUGGCGGGGCGGCGCAUGGGCGGAGGGGAGCGCACUCGCGGGCGAAAUCGUGGGACAUAGGGGCGGGCGCAGAAGGCGGGGUUGAGGGGGGAAGAGCGGCGGACGCGGGGGGAGGAGCUGCGCUUCCGCGGUUAGUGCCCGCCAUGAUGACGUCACUGUCGCUCACUGUGGAGUGUCUGAUGACGACAGCAAGUGUCAGCAUACAGGGCACGUGGGAAGUGGGGGAGUAUGCGCGGGGGCGCGGGCAAGGGGGAGGAGGGGAAGGCGGAGGGGAAGGCAGAGGGGAAGGGGGAAGAGAUGGCGGGGGGGAUGGUGGGGGUGAAGGGGAGGAGCAACAGCAGUGCUGCGACUGCCUUUUUGUGCUGCCCACGUCUCACAGGGGCUCUGUGGCUGCAGUCGAGGUAACCUUAGCCGAUGGAAGGUUCCUCGCAACUGCAGUGCUCCCAGUGGACGAGGCAGAGGCAGCGUGCAGGGCGAGCCAAGAGCGGGCGGCAGCCGCCCACUCCGCCGCCCAGCCCGUGCCGCCCAGGCCCGCCCGGCCCUCGUUCCUGCGCCUUUCGUCUGCUAGCUUUAGCAGGAGCGGCAGCAGCAGGCAUCGGUGGAAAAGCCAAGAGGGAGUGGGGGAAGCAGACGGGAGGGCUGAAGCGAGAACGGAGGGCGAGUGGGGAGAGAGAAGUGGGAAGGACGGCGGUGUGAGUGGGGGUAUGGAGAGAGGGGAGGGUGGGGACGAACGUGGUGAAGGUGGUGGUGAGCGUGAGAGGAGAAGGGGAGGGGAUGAUGACGAUGAGGAGGGUGGGGAGGAGGUGGAGGGGAGUGGAGGGCAGCGGCAGCGGUGUGUGGCGAGGCGGCAUGCAGGCGUGCUGCUGGAUGAGAGCCCCGUGCACACACCGCACAUGCUACGACUCAGAAUACCCAAGGUACCCCAGGGCAGCAGUGUGCGAGUGCGGGCGACCUACGUGGAGGCAAUGGCAGGGCGGCAGGGGUACAGCGAGAUGAGUGUGCCGCUGACAGUGCCCUUGGAGUGCGUGCCUGGCGACCUGGUGGUGCAGGACGUGGUGCGAGUGAGCUGCACCAUCAAUAGUGGUCUGCAGUGCCCCAUGAAGAUUGGUGACUUUAACCACCCCAUGAAGGUGGUGUUUGUGGACUUGGGGCGAGCCACGUUUGUGGGCCAUCAAAGCGACGACGACCCCGACGCCUGGCCCAAUGCCGACUUCACCAUCUCCUUCCAGGUGGUGACAGAGGACGUGAGUGCAGCAGUGCUCGUGCAAGCGCCUCUCAUUGGAGACCCCGAUCCCCGUGCCUCCUUUGCCCUUUCAAUAGCUCCUCCCGAUCCCGCCCAAUUCUCGGUGUUCAGCCGGGCAGUCGUCUUCAUCCUUGACAGCGAGUGCGGUCUAAGAGCCCGCCCCAUGGAGGACGCACGCAGGGCGGUGGCAGCGGCACUGAGGCGCUUAAAGCCCCACGACUCGUUCGCAGUGGUGGCGUUUGACUUUGAGCUGCUGCUGCUAGACGACGAGCUCGAGGCCGCUUCACCUGAGGCGGUGCGGCGCGCAUGCAAGUUUGUGCUGCAGGCACAUGACUGGCCGCAGCCCACCAAUGUGCUCACACCGCUGCAGCUGGCGUUCAGGAUGCUGAGGGGCCACACAGCAGCGCUGCAGCAGAUAGUCCUCAUAACGGAUGGCCCUGUGCGGGCGGAGCGCCGCGUGUGUCACUGGGUGCAGCGCGCCCUGGCUGACUGGGGGGGCACCGUCCCUCGCAUCUUCACCUUCGGCAUCGGCCCAUCGGUGAAUCCGUUCUUUCUCAAGUGGCUGGCUGCUGCCACCCGCGGCUCCUCACAGGUCACCCGCAAUCCAGCGGUGGUGCGCAGGCGGCUGGAUGGAAUGCUGCAGGCCAUGGCUCGCCCGCUCGUCACCAACAUUGCCAUCCGCGACCUGCCGCCUGCCUGUGAGCUCUACCCCUACCCCAUCCCAGACCUCUAUGCAUCGGGGCCAUUCGUGGUGAGCGGCCGAAUGGGCGACGAGGGGCCAGCAGCAGGCAGAGCGGAGGGCGGAGGGGGGCUGCCACUGCACGUGGAGCUGAGGGGCGUGCUGGCCAGUGGGGCUCCGUGGAAGUUCAGAGCUGCCCUCUCUGACGCCGGCAACCUGCCCCUCUCCUCUGUGGGGGCGGGCGAGCAGGUGGCCAUCCUCACUGCUGAUUCAUGGCUGCACGGCGACCCACAGCUGCAGCAGGCAGCAUGUGCCAUGAGUGUGGGAGCGUCAGUGGUAUCAGAGCACACACGCAUGCUGCUGCUGGACACCACCCGCCCUCUGUUGGACCAGCUGCACACCGAUCAGCUGCAGGGUCACGUGAAGCCUCUACACCACUACGUCCGGUUGCCCACUGCUUCUGUCACCAUGGUUCCGGGCCUCACGGCUGGGUUCGGAUGCACCCAGGCCCGCCCUGCUUCCAUCAAACCAAAUGGGGAGGCUCGGGGUCAACAGCGGCAGCACAGGCGCAUGGGUUCGUGUGUGUCAUCAGGCGAGUGGGAGUACGAUGAGGACGAGCAGCAGGGCCAUAACCGAUUGCUCGUCUCGGCGUCGCUGUCACAAAGCAUUCUAGGAAGUGUACUUGCGUGUUACCGCCCCAAAUUCAAAUAG